AUGGCGGCGGCGGCAGCCGCGGGUCCCGGCGCGGGCGCGGGGGUCCCGGGCGCAGGUGGCGGCGGCGGGGCGCGCGAGGGCGCGCGGGUGGCGGCGCUGUGUCUACUGUGGUAUGCGCUGAGCGCGGGCGGCAACGUGGUCAACAAGGUGAUCCUGAGCGCUUUCCCGUUCCCGGUCACCGUGUCGCUGUGCCACAUCCUGGCGCUGUGCGCCGGGCUGCCGCCGCUGCUGCGCGCCUGGCGCGUGCCGCCCGCGCCGCCCGUGUCGGGCCCCGGACCUGGCCCGCACCCGGCGUCCGGCCCGCUGCUGCCGCCGCGCUUCUACCCGCGCUACGUGCUGCCGCUCGCCUUCGGCAAGUACUUCGCGUCGGUGUCGGCGCACAUCAGUAUCUGGAAGGUGCCGGUGUCCUACGCGCACACCGUCAAGGCCACCAUGCCCAUCUGGGUGGUCCUCCUGUCCCGGAUCAUCAUGAAGGAAAAACAGAGCACCAAGGUGUACCUGUCACUGGUCCCCAUCAUCAGCGGAGUCCUACUGGCCACGGUCACAGAGCUGUCUUUCGACGUGUGGGGGCUGGUCAGCGCCCUGGCAGCCACACUAUGCUUCUCCCUUCAGAACAUCUUCUCCAAAAAGGUGUUGAGGGACUCAAGGAUCCACCACCUGCGGCUGCUCAACAUCCUGGGCUGCCAUGCCGUGUUCUUCAUGAUCCCCACGUGGGUUCUGGUGGACCUCUCCACCUUCCUGGUGAGCAGCGACCUGGCCUAUGUGUCUCAGUGGCCCUGGACACUGCUGCUCUUGGCGGUCAGCGGAUUCUGCAACUUUGCACAGAAUGUCAUCGCCUUUAGCAUCCUCAACCUCAUCAGCCCACUCAGCUACUCUGUGGCUAAUGCCACCAAAAGGAUUAUGGUCAUCACUGUGUCCCUCAUCAUGCUUCGCAAUCCAGUGACCAGCACCAAUGUGCUGGGCAUGAUGACUGCCAUCCUGGGUGUCUUUCUGUACAACAAGACCAAGUAUGAUGCGAACCAGCAGGCUAGGCGCCACCUCCUUCCAGUCUCUACAUCGGACCUGAGCAGCAGAGAGCACCUGCGGAGCCCAAUAGAGAAGCCCCACAAUGGUGCACUGUUUCCCCAGCAGGGUGACUUCCAGUAUCGCAACAUCCUCCUCACAGACCAUUUCCAGUAUGGCCGCCAGAGCCACCCGAACUCCUAUGCCCUCAGCCGCCAUGAUGUGUAGGUGCCACCAGGCCAGGUCUCCUGCACCACCUCCCUAAGCCCAGCAGCCUGGCUGAGCACAUGGCAGGCCAGCAGGGGAGCCCUAGAUCCUGAUGGGCUGUGGGAUGUGACCACAAUAUGGACAGCCACAGGCUCUGGACAGAGGAAGAGCCAUAGAGAGAUCCUGGUUCACUCUUCUGCUCAGAGGCCACGUUCUGCAUUGGUACACAGGGGUGCCCUCAGUACAUUGCAGAGGUCUGGUCUGAACUUCUGGUGACAACAAGGACCCACUCUGCAGAACUGGCAUCACUGUGGCUAUGGUCCUGGAAGCCAGCAGGAGGUGGCAUCUGGGACAUCAAGAAGAGGACAGCGGGGCUGUAGCCCAGAGGUAUAGAGAGCAGAAACAGGUACCAUUACCUGUCCCCAGCCACAGUGCUCCAGGAUGUCCCAAGGCAGUUGGCCUCUUGCAGCCAGUGCUGACCUGGGGCAGACUUACGUGGCCAUCGGUUCGUCAGCCAUUGGUGUGACCUUCCUCUGCCUUGUGGGUGUUAGAGUAGGACACAAGCCUUCACUCCAGGCCUGAGUGGCCCUUGGACUCUAGAAGAAGUGGCCAGUGUUAACCUUGGUUGCAUCCCCAUCCUUCUGAUGCCACAGAAGGCCAGGUGAUGGUGUUGACAAUUUCCUUAGGACCUCAAGUUUCUUUGGGGAAAAUCUUAUUGGCUAUGGGAACUUUGGAGCCUAGGUCCUGGCAGGCACUGCACCAGGGCUAGCCAAUAGGUGAAAACAGUCUUGACUCAUUUCAAAAUA